GCCUGUACGUAGUAAAAAUUGAACACGGCAUGGAGAAAGGUCGUGUCUUGACUGCCAAACAUAUUCAGGUCUGCUCUACAUAAGCUCGCGCAUCCAACACUACACUGUUAUCAUUCCGGUUAUAGCUGCGAAGGGUAUGAGUAUAGCGGAUGCGCGAGCUGCAGCUCUGCAUUGCAGUAUUUUUGCAGAAUUGCAUUGUUGCACCCCUGGACCUGAGAGGGUUAAGGGCCUCCUAAUAGUGGCAGCUUGGAGGUGCUGGGGCUCAACUGCAUCAGUUGAGCCAGCAAGGUUUCACUUCGCCAAACCUGAGAACUACAUGACAGUUUACCACCAGCAGGGGAGCAAUGUUCUGUAUGUGGGGGGGCAAGCAGUUAUUUAUAUAAUAAACUUCACCCAGAAAGGAGUGCAAGAAACCCAGAUACCAGCAGGAAUUGAUGAAGCCGCCAGGCAAUACUGUGCCAUCAGGUCAGACUCCAAGAUUGAGUGUGAUAAUUUCAUCACUGUCAUUGAGAAAGUCAAUGACACCUUUGUGGUGUGUGGGACAAAUGCAGGCACUCCAAACUGCUGGCUUUUGGUAAAUAACACUGUGCUCACCAACUUGACUGAAAAUGGACAGAGGGUUUCAGCUUCAGACAUUUCCCCGACCUACCCCUCCCAACGCUCUGUUAGUCUCUCAGCAGAUGGGAGCCUGUAUUCUGCUUUGUCAGCUAUGGGAAAACAGCUUGGCUCUAUACGUCGCACAUACAGCUCCAACAGGCUGCUGAAGUCUGAGAACAAAUGGCUUUUGAACCCCCAGUUUGCGGGAGCUGCAGUAAUUCCAGCAACACAGAAAUAUAAUAGGGAGAUCUACAUUUUCUUCAGUGAGGUCAACAAGACGGCUGAUCUUGAUGAAGAUCCAUACAGGGCCCGAAUUGGACGAAUCUGCAUGGAUGACGAGGGAGGCAUAAAGGCAAUGCUGCCUGACUCUUGGACUACGUUCCUGAAGGCUCGUGUGAUGUGCGGGACAGGCAGCACCCCUCUGCAAUACAACAACCUCAGGCGAGCAUUUGUGAUAACAUCCCCACACCGUACUGGUGUCAUGUAUGGACUUUUCUCUAAUGCAUGGGACACAACUGUAGUCUGUGCAUACUCAAUUGAGGAUAUUGACCAAGCCUUUGCUAAGUCAAAACUUAAAGGGUAUAACAACCCACCCACAGGAUAUCGACAUGGAGUGUGUGGUCCUAAGAAUCAUACAUCAACUCAGUACCAAAAAAUGCUGGGAGUGAUCAGGGAUCAUCCUGAGAUUGAGGACAUGAUAUUACCAGUAGGAGAAGCACCUCUAGAUCUGCCCACUGAAGACCACUUCACACACAUUGUAGCAGACACGGUGCUGGCAGUCAAUGAUGAACAUUACAGUGUCAUCUAUUUAGGCACAGAACAAGGAAAAAUCUUAAAAGUGCUCCACACCAUUGAAGAAGCUUUUAUUAUAUCCCAGUAUUCUCUGUUCCACAAUGAGGGGCCCAUCAUCAACAUGGUCAUCGACUCACAGACAGGUCACCUUUACAUUGGCACAGCAAUGGAGGUCCAGCGUGUAUCACUGGCUGAUUGCAGUCGUUACGGAGACAGUUGCAGGGAGUGUAUUCUCUCUAGAGAUCCAUACUGUGGGUGGGACAUGGCCAGAAAGAGGUGUUUGGCAAUCCCAGCAAACUACAAUGUCACUACUGGUGGACUCCUACAGAGCCUUGACCAAUCUAAUGCCUCAGUUUGUGGGGACACUGCAGCUCAAAAGACACGCAAAACAAUUCCUAAGGAAGUGCAAAUGCACAAAGACGGUCCAGUGAUGUUGCCAUGUCCUGUGCGCUCCUACCACGCCACCUACAGCUGGGAGAAGGACAACUGUAUUAAACGUUACCCGUGUACCAUCUUUGGAUCAUCUUGCUUACUUGGUUCAAAGCCUGACCUGCCCUUGAAAGAGGGUGUAUUCCGUUGCAUGGCCACAGAGAAUGGUCUGAAACAGGAAGUGGUGUCUUAUAAGCUGGUGUUUAAUGCUGGGCCUUCUGUCACUUCACCAGCAUUUACAUUGGCUCUGUCUCUACUGCUGACCAUGAUUGGCUUCUGCUUCCAGUAGCCUGUUAACACUCUACCUCAGGCUCUCAGUAGAGAUGAUUAGAGCAUGUUUUGAUACCAAGGUUAGGUUCACAGAGCUAGUGUGCACAUCAGGUAAAGCAAUUUUAUUUCAACAUUAAAACGAUAAAAAAAAACUCAGUCAUUUUGUACAUAUCAAUGAUUGAGAUUGAGUUAAUAACCUAAUGCACUAAACAACACAAUGGGUUUAAGUCCCACUGCUUUGUGAACCUAAACUGUGAAAAAAGCAAGCUAUCUUUUCAACAUACUCCAGAUGCUUGAUCAUUUAAAAUUAUAAAUAUCUGAAGCUAAAGAAUCGCUGUAAUGUACAGAUAUUUUGUUCAGUGUUAAUUAAGCUAUUGUUUUGUUUUAUUUAUUUUCAAUAUUUUUAAUUUUUGCACAUUCUAAGAGAAACGACAUGUACAAAGCCUUAAGAACAUGUAUUGGGGAUCUCCCUAAGCACAAUUUACCAUUUGAGUAAAAAAUGCAGGAUCUGCCUUGACCUUUUUUUGUGCCAUAUUUUUGCUAGGUAGGCAGAAAGAAACUAUAGAGGCAGAAGACGGAUAAUCCAAAUAUGCCACUGUGUAAAACAGCAUCACUUUAAACCUUUACAUUAUUUAAUGUAUACAGAGACCUAUAGCAUUUCAUACUUGUGUGAACAUCUGUGAUCAUUCUUCUAAUAACAAUUAGCAUUUAGUUUUCAAAACUUAUGAUGCCCAAAUUUGCUUGAAUAGUAGAAUUACAUUUUGUAGUUGCUGUGGGGAAAAAAGCUUGUGAUUAAACUUAUAUCAGUGUGAAUCUAAUGCUCUGCAUUUGCUGAUCUCCACCAUUGCUGCCUAUGUAAAUGGAAAAACACCUGACAAUUUUAUAGUGAUGUGACGUAUGUCUUUAGAGUAUAUCUUUUGGUUUAAGUGAAUGUCUCAAUGUCUGAACUAACUAUUGUUCAUAUGGGACUGUGAUUAUUAUAACCACUCAAGAGAAUGAUAGUCUGAAAAAGAGGUAGAGAGACAAAGCAUCAAUCAUUGUCUUAUUCCCAAAACAAUGGCUCGUUUAAGCCAGUUACAACUGACUUUAAACUCAUUCAUUUCACCUAAGUCUGUCUCAGAGAUCAAUUAUACUAAAAGCAUUAAUUACUAAUAUACAAUAUAUGUAAUGUGUACUGAUUGCUUUCAUUUUAUUACAUUUUCAUUGUUGAUGUGAGUGUUGUUUAUUUAAUGUUAAAGCUUUUUUGACAAGGUCCACUUCUAACAAAACCCUUUAUUUUUCACAUAAUACCAGUGACAACCAGAUACAACGCUGACUUUAUUUGAACUAAACCUUAAUAAAUGUGGUUAAAGAAUUA